AUGGGCCUCGCAACGUCGCGUGCCGAGAGCUUCACGCGCGUGCGAGACGUGCCGCUCCCGGAAAACGAAGAGAUCGGUGACGCAGCGUCUCGAGACGGCUUGAGUGGACUAAACCUCCACACCAAAGGAACUGAAUUCUACGGCAACUCGUCAAACCUAGCAUUCCUAGGAAACCUCUACACAAGAGCAAAGAACCAAGCAGAGACACGUGCUCCCGAAUAUCCACCUACAGGGCCAUAUACGGCAGCUGCUACAAACAGACCACAGCCGCUUUCGCCAGCAACAUGCCCCGGAGCAGGACCGUUGACUAGCAAGGCACAGCUUUCCAUUGUGAACUUGCUGUACAAUGCAGACUAUACUGGUCAUCCUUCGCCACGUUCGCUCAACGGCGUUGAGGGUGCAACGAAUAGUAGUCCUUCAUUCGCCAGUGGACAAGUUGAUGCCGAUGCUGUCAACAAUUCCCAAGAUAUUAGUCUCCCCGAUGUCUUCUCCAAUAUAACAAACACAGCCCAGCUUGAGAUUGAAAAGAUUUUCAUCAGCAGCUACUUCACCAACAAACACUAUAUCCACCCCGUCCUGACCAAGGGUCCAUUCAUGCGCCGCUGCGAACGGGAAGCAUGGCCCAUCUCCAGACGACCCGGUCUCUUCCGUGGUGCUAUCAAAUUUGCUGGCCUCUACUUUGCCGUGGUAGCCUUAGGCGCGAUCAAUGCUAGUCCGAACGAGACAGCUCUCCUCGACCACUUCUCCCAGCAACUCGAAGAUCCAGAAAAGACACUUCCGUCUGAAACACGAUUCUCGGCUCUGGAUUUUGCAAAGUUCUACUUUGACAUCGCGAAGCGGGCACUUGGGGAUUUGUUUGAGAGUAGUUGUCUCGAGGCUGCGCAGGCGCUUUUUCUUAUGCGGGAUGGCUGUGCGAACGGCGGCGGCUAUUGGGUUGGCUUCGAGUGCAUCUACUCUCAUGAGAUCGAAAUGUGCUGUUCCUCCGGACGCCUGGACAGCAUGAAGGAGUUACACUACUAUCAAGUUUCCCUCCCAAAGCUCAAGAUAAACGUCGGUCCCCUCGACCCCGACGCAGAAGACAACGACAUAGCCAUGAUUCCGACAAUGGUCUCCCUCGCACAAAUAAUGUCCGAAGCCUCCCACCAACUCUACCACUCAACGCAACGCUCAAUGAGCGAAAAGUCCCGACUCGCCAUGGCCCUCGACGCACGUCUCCUAGAAUGGAAGGCGAAUAUACCCUCGUUCCUUAAUCCAGAUGCAACGACACUAAAUGAUCCCGAGUGGGCGUUUAAACAGAAAUUAGUCCUGAGACUGCGAUACUAUAAUACCCGCAUUCUAAUUCAUAGACCCUUCCUCGUCGCGGCAACGUCUAACACGCACUCUGCCGAGUUCCGUCAACAUUUACAUAUUUGCCUUGAAGCAGCGCGGAAUAGUAUAACGAUGCAAUACGAAUCCUUCAUGCAUCGAAUCUACAUUCGAACCUGGUGGUACAACACAACCUACGCACUGUACGGCUCAAUGAUCCUCCUCCACCUCAUUCUAUCGAAUUACCCAGAUCUACCGGACGACGAACUCCUCGAGGACGUGGAGAAGUCACUGCAGAUCUUCGAGUCGAUGGAUGAUAUUAUCGUUGCGAGACGGUGUGCCGAGAUGUUGAGGGAGGUACUUGAGGUUGCGGGGACGUGUCUGUUGAGGAGGAGGCGGGGGGAGAUGAAUCGUAGGGGGUCUGGACUGGGUAUCGCUAGCUCUGGUUCUGGGUCUGUGUCUGGUUCUGGGGCGAAGGUGUCUGGGUUGUCGGGUGGGUGUGGGUGUGCCUUGACUGGGACGGGGACGGCUUCGUUCGCGUUUGGGGGUUCUGCUCCGUCUACGACUGGGACGUCACUCCCAGGAAUGGAGGUGGAUGCACCAGCAUAUCACUCGUCAGCUGUCCCCCUCGAGAACAUGACCAGCGAGGGACUAGACAAUCGCUCAAACGAGGAGGAUUUCUUCUUCUCGCUCUUCAGCCAAGAUCCCCACCAGCCACAAGACCGAACACGCACGGAAAUGCUCGCAAACCUGGUCGAUCCCUCGAUACUCGAGGAUUUCGCCUUUGGCCAGGAGAUGUCAUUUUUCUAG